AUGCUCUCUAACCUCUUUGUCGCCUUGCUGGCUGGUGUGGCCGCGGCCUCACCUUCAACGCCACUCUACGAACGUGAGCUGAAGAAGCGGGCAACAACCCUCAUCCCGGACACCUGCUUCAGCUCCACGUCGGAGUUCGAGUCUUACUUCAACUACAACUACCCAUGGGGUGACACGCACAACGGGGCGGCGCUCAUGUCCAAGGCUCAAGUCAGCAUCAUCCACAACGCCUACCUUGAGCUCAAGUCAGACUACACGGGCCCCCAGUCGGGCAACAGCAACCUCAAGUACAACAGUGGCACCGUCUAUGCGAAGCAGAAGUUCACCGUGCAGAAGGGAGGCGGUCUCGACUUCAAGGCCAACUUUGUCGCGCCCGUUGCCAAGGGCACCUGGCCCGCGUUCUGGCUCAACGGGGCCAACAGCUGGCCCCCGGAGAUCGACCUGGCGGAGUGGAAGGGCACGGGCAAGAUCAGCUUCAACACCUUCAACACCAGCUCGCAGGUUAAGGCCACCGACGUGACAUACCCGUCGCCGACGACGGCCUGGAGGACGAUUCUCGCGGAGCUGCGGGCCGAGUCCGACGGGACGACGGUCAAGAUCAACUUCUACAUGGAUGGCAAGCUUAUCACAACCCAGUACGGGGCCAAGAUGGUCGGCGCGCCAUUCAACCUGAUCAUCGACUACCAGAUGGAGGGCAGCAGUGGUUCUCCUGGACCCCAGGACACCACUUACUUUUUGACGCAGUACCUGAGUGUCACGAGUUAUAAUCCAUGA